AUGGCAUCCCUUGGGUCCCAUGCCCCCGAGAAUCUCAACACAGACCAGCUCAGCGUCGCGCUGCUCUCAGGGAAGGUAGAACUCGAGAACCUCCCCCUGAAGAAGGACGCGCUCCGGCACCUGGGGCUGCCGGUGGAGGUCCGGGCCGGCUUCAUCGGCAAGGUUCAGCUACAGGUCCCCGUGAGGCAGAUCCGCUCCGCGCCGUGGCUGAUUGCUAUUGAGAAGCUGUACCUUGUUGCGGCGCCUGUCAACUUGGAUGAGUGGGACAGCGCAACCGAAGCGCACUAUGCGCACGAACGCAAGGUCGCGCUACUGGACGCCUUGGAAGCGCAAUGGCGCGCGGCGCAAGAGGCUAUGUCGGCAGACGCGUCUUACUACGCAGCGUCUUAUUCCUCCUGGCUGAGCUAUGGGACUGGCUUCCUGGCCAACAUCGUGGAGAACCUUCAGUUAAAACUCCACGACGUCCACAUCCGCUAUGAGGAUGCCGUGACCUGUUCCCCUCGCGCCUUCGCUUGCGGUCUCACCGCCGCCGCGCUAUCCGCCGAAUCCUGCGACGCGAACUGGAAGAGAGGCUUUACAUUACUACCAGCCACUGGCGAUGGCUGUUCCUUUAAGCUACUAGAGUUGCAGAGGCUGGCGGUCUACUGGGAUGUGAUGCCGCCAAAUGAGAUGAUGGCAGAUUGCUCCAUGUCUGAGCUAACGGAACGUAUGUCCCAAACCUGGCUGGGCACCCAUCAAUGGCUGUUAGCGCCAGCGACGGCCACAGCGCGCGUGCGUCGCGAGCGAACUGAGCAGCCGCUGCGCUCGCGCACGCGGCCGAGACUUACUGCGCACCUCACGUUAGACACCGUGCUUCUCAAUCUGACACAGAGGCAGUACAGCGAAGCAGUAGGUUGCUCACUAGGCCUGGAGCGCGUGGGGCGCCUGCGCGAGUUCCGCGCGCUCCGGCCCGCCGUGCCGGUGCGGCAGGCCGCGCGCGUCUGGUGGCUGUACGCGCUCAAGUGCCACUACCCCGAGCACACCUGGAUGGAGCCAGCUCCAACUUGGGGGUCCUGCUUGGCGCAGGCGCGGGCGGCGCGGCAGUACGUAGAGAUCUGCCUCAGCCUGCUGGCCAACCCCGCCGCCACGUUGCCGCCGGAUAAGAAGGCGGCCAAGGACGAGUUCGAGUGGAAGACUCCGCUGCAUCUACUCAAGCCGCUCAGAGAGAUUGCAAUGCGGAAAGUCCCCCACGCGACCCCAGUGUCGACCCCCGACAAGCCCGGCGCCUCCGGGCGCUCCAUGCUGGUGCAGUGGUUCCCGCAGUGGUGGGGCUGGUACAGCGCGCCCGCGCCAGACCCGGCCGGCCCCGACCCGCAGGGCGCCCCGCGCCAUACAGUCCCCCCCUGCGCCGACUUGGAGGAGGAGAUAUUGGACGUGAUCGCGGACUCGCUGGAGAACAAUACGAUGUUGAAGAGGGACACGGUGUUUGGCAAGUUUGAGUUCGUGCUCAAUAAGGGCUGUCUGAAUUUGUGUAUGGAAUCGGAGGCGGAGAAUAAAGAACCAUCAUCCCCCGGCUCCGAAGCCGCCGUAGGCUUAGAACUACAGUUCAGCGCCGUCGCCGUGGGCCUGGAGUCCCGCGUGCGCGCCGGCUCCCACGCCCUCCACGUGUCUCUAGGCGGAGUGUCGCUUAGAGAACGAAUCACACCGGGGUCACUGUUCCCCGUAUUAGUGGCCCCUGCACCGCUUGGUACAAGAAGUAGUGUGGGAAGACAGACUGAGCAGGAACCGCUCUUCCAACUGCUGUAUGAGAAAAGGCCUUUUGGACUGAAUGCGGAUUAUAAGUUGUGGGUGAAGUCGGCGCCGCUGGAGGUGGUGUACUGCUCGGCGGCGGCGCGCUGGGCGCAGCAGUUCGCGGCCGAGCCCUGGGGCUCCGCGCGCCCGUACGUGGCCGUGCGCGACCACACGCGCGCCAAGCUCAUCACGCAGUGGGAGCACAUGCUGCACCCCAGUGUGGGGGAGCGAAGAUCCUGGCAAGUGGAACUGGAUAUCUCAGCACCUCAGAUUUUAUUCGUCGAAUCGCUGACGGACCGAGAUUCGUCAGUACUAGUGUUGGACUUCGGUCGGCUUCGGCUGGCGAACGCAGACGCGAUAGAACCUGUGCCGGAUAGCGGGAGCGUGGAUGACGAAGAAAUGUUUAUGACUCCAUGCUCAACGCCACCUGGCAGUCUACUGUCGCCCGCGUCACCACCGGAACCGCCGGCAUUAACUCCUGCACAGCCCGCGCUACUAGCUAUGCGACUACACAACAGAUUAUACGAUAGAUACACGAUAGAGUUCAGCGACCUUCAGAUCCUGGUGGGACGAGCGCGGGACAACUGGAAGUACGCGCACGCGAAAACCACGUCGUCCCUGCAUCUGUUGGACAGAUUUAGUAUAUCGUUGCAAGCGGAGCGACGUGUGGUGCACACAACGGACCCGCAGUACCCGACAGCUACCCUUUGUGGCACCCUGCCAGCAUUGGUAGUCCAUCUCAGCGAGCAGAAGGUCUUUGCUGUGAGAUCCGUCAUCGCUAGCUCUCCUCUCUUCGCCAGAGAUACGUCUCGUAACGAUAAAGCGGAGGGUUCAGGCACCGAUGAACCGGACGGUGAAUCUGAGAGCAGCGAGAGCUCUGACACGGAACCCUCGUCGCAUUCCUCACACAAACAUGCCACACUCUUCAUGGUGCAGUUUGCCAUAGACCAAAUGUCGCUUGAGGUCCAAUCCCGUGGGCGUAGCAUCGCUGAAGUCCAAGUUUGUGGCGUCAAAGCUACAGCCACUGCCAGACCUUCGGAGUUGGCGCUGGCAUUAUCCGUGCAUUCACUGCUACUGGUGGAUGCGCUGCAGACAUACGGGCCAGACUUCGAGCUGCUAGUGGCUAGCCACAAGCAUGUUGGAAUGGACACAGCAUCGGGCAGCAUCCGCGGCUCGGAGCCUACAUCCCCCACGUCACCAUCAUCACCCGACGCCCGAGCGCCGCCGCCUCACGCGCUUGCAGGCCGCUUUGUAUUCACUCACAGGAAGAAAUCCCCCGAAGCUGAGCGCACCAGCCCCGGCCCCACCUGGCCGCCCAACAGCAGCUGGAACACCAGCUACAGCACCGCCUGGGGCUCCACCACCAACUGGAACCACUCCAACUGGCAACCCUGGAACACUACUGGCACCACCAACUGGAGUGGGAACUGGGGAGGGGCGGUGGAUUCUGAGGCUCUUAUUGCUGUUGAGUUGACGCUGGUGAAGGGAGAGAAUGGAUCAGAAGACUUGAGGAUAGCGAAUAUAUUGUUCAACAAUUUGGAUAUCAUCGCGAACCAAGAAACGAUAGUGGAACUGAUAGGCUUCACACAGCGGGUAUUCGGCAGCAGCGGGGCCAAGAAGACUGAACCGGCGGAGCCGCCCAAACCUACGCCAUCCACUGAAGAUGAAAUCAAGGAGGUCCGAACAGAGAUCACGUUCGAUUUCCACCGCCUCGGCGUGUUACUGCUGCGGGCAGCAGUACACGACGGUGCCGUGGUCGCCAAGAAGAUUGCUACAGCCACCGUCAGCGAAGCACGCAUACAGGCCACCGUCGAUGCAUCCCGCGUAGAAGUGGACGGGUCUCUCGGCGGUGUGCAAGUGGUGUCCCUCUGUGAGGGAGCAGGCUUGCAUACUCGCGUGCUGAGCGCCGGCCGGGCGCCCGCGCCCACGGCGCAGCCCGACCAGCGGGCGCUACUGUUCACCAUCACGAGGAGGGUCACUGCUGAUGGUGUCGAAGCGUCAGUAUCUCUGCACGUCGCCAGCGUAUGGGUGACUCACUCCAGUGCCUUACUGCGAGAAUUACGCUCCUGUCUCACAGAGUUCAAGCAAUACCUCGCGAACCUAGCGCGGUCCAUCCGCGCCGCGGCUCACGAUAUGGCUGUUGGUCUCGUCGCGAGAGGUGACACACUGUACGCAAACCCAAAGAUAUCUACCUCAAUGGAAGGUGUGUCGCCGCGGCGCCGCACUACUAGUUUAGGCUGCUCCAUCGACGAACCUGCCGAGGAAAUUAAUCUCACAGUAAACAUCGAACUGGAAUCCCCAGUAGUGGUGGUGCCCCGUUCAGCGUUGUCCCCACAAGUUUUCGUGGCCCACCUGGGUCGCAUGAGCCUAGCCAACCGGCCGCGCGGGCAUCGCGCCGCUUAUCGCGUGCGCGUCACUGAUAUAUCGCUCGCUUCCGUGGACGUGAGCUCAAAGCUAAAGCAGACGACACUGAGCGCCGAAAGUAUGCCAUCCAUCUACGACGCCGGCGGCGGCAAACCUGUCUUACACAACACAGCCUUACAGUUAGCCGUGCAUUAUGGGCAUCUUGAGCCAAACACUGAACCACAGUGCGAAGUAACCGGCCAAGUCGUAGGCGGUCUCCACGUGUCAGCGCGUCGUGAACAAUAUGAACAGCUGUUAGAUACGAUUAGGUAUCUCAGCGCUGCCGACGAGCCUGCACCUGCGCCAAUGCCAACACAACAGUACCAUCAGGAAUCGAUGUCAGUCCAAGAGAUGGAGCCCGCAGUGCCGACGCUGCGCCUGGACCCGGCCCUCCGCGCCGCCGUGCUCGCCGUGCCGCCCCCCCGCGCCGCGCCGCAGCCGCGCCCGCCGCGCGCGCAGCACGUGCCGCUCUCAGUGCACUUCGAGCUGUCGUCAUUCACUGUGGAGCUGCGCGCAGAUCUGGGCCGCGGCGAACAGCUGGUACAACUGGCGUUCAGAGAGUUCGCCGUGCGGCUUCGACGGCCGAGAGCUCACGAGUCUGAUCUACACGUAUCCCUCCACUCCGUAACAAUGGAAGACUUGACACAAGACCCAGAGUCCAAGCACCGUAUGCUCCUAGUGUCUCACGCACCGCACGUACCAGCUAAAGCCGUGUUCGUGUCCAAAUCGUGUCCGGACUUCGGGCGAGCGCCGCCUGUCACAGUGGCGCCAUCUGUGUCUCUGCCCAGCGGACUCAAUGUAGACAGAGAGUAUCACCGAACCAAACGUGACAGUAAAUGCGGCCCGACCCCGCCCUGUUCACCAGAACUCGGCGUCACGGAAUCAGAGACAGCGGACGCUGAGGCGGAAGCGGACGCGGAAGAUGGCGCGGGCGACGGGCUGGUCAACGUCACUGUGCGGAUGCGAGACCCGCAGCAUGCGAACUUCCACGAUCUAUAUAAUCGGGUAUCUCGGCACACUCGAGUCCGCUUCAACUGCCUAAAGCUGGUAGUCAGUAUUGACAGCUGGGUGGCAGUUUUGGACUUCUUUGGCGUGGCCGGGGAAGAGCCGGACGAAAUACCUGAACCUCAACCUAGCGCAGAAGCCAGCGUCACCCCCUCCGAACAAUCACCCGAAGAAGGCACAACGCAAACUGAAAUGUCGAUCCGCUCUCUCGGCGUGGUCCUAGUCGGGGCGCGCGGCGAAGUCUGUUCGGCCCGCGCUCUACGCGUACGCGCUAACAUGCAAGCUCACGCGUCCGCGCAUACGCGGUCGCUACGCGUAGCUGUAGGAGGACUGCAUUUGGCGGAUCUCACGCCGAGAGCGCCGCUGUGGAGGGAUAGACUGAGAACGCAUGGGGAUAAAGCACUGGAGAUACUUUAUACGAGACUCAGCGCCACAGAAGCGACCGAGGCCGGCUACGAAACGUCGCUCACCGUGGCCCUCGGGCCAGCCACGUAUGUCCACACGAAGCGCUUCAUACACGAGCUGUACGCGUUCGCACACGACUUCCGACAGCUGAGAAGGGUUAUAGUGCAAGCGAGACAGAAGGUCUCUGUAUCCGUCGGCGUGUCUCCAACAAGCCGCCAACGUCUCUCAGUCCGCUGCUUAUCUCCCGUCAUCGUCCUACCCGUAUCUGGUAGAAGUCGUGGCGCCCUUCGCGCGGAACUGACAGAACUAACUAUAGACAACUGCUUUAGGAAGGCGGGGGAUCCGGACACAGUCAGCACUAGGACAGAUCCUGACGCUGGUUACCACGAGCUGCUCGACGUGCGAACCAUCCGCCUCGAGCAGCUCAGCGUGUGGUGCGCGCGCGGCGGCGCGGGCUGCGCGUGCGGCGCUGCGGCGCGCCGCUGCUGCCCGCCCCGGCGCUUGCUGCUGCAAGUCGAGCGCAACCUGAGCGACUCGCACAACGUUCCGGACAUGACGGUGCAAGGCACCCUGGCCACCUUACAAUGCGCGCUCGACCCAGCGCAAUACAGACUCGUACGGGGAGUGUUGGCUCACAACCUCGGUGAAUGUGUGGCGGAUCUGCCUCCGCACGUGCCACUCCCAGCCACAACGGCACCACAUCACGAACAGUGCGCCCUCGACCCGGCACAAUAUCGCCUCGUGCGCGGGCUGCGCGGCGUUUUAGCGCACAACCUCGGUGAAUGUGUGGCUGAUCUGCCGCCGCACGUGCCACUCCCAGCCACAACGGCACCACAUCAUGAACAGGUGUGGACCACAUCAUCCAUCAAGUUGGACCUCCUUGACGUGACUGUAGAGCUGGAACCCGAGCAUGGCGUGUCCUCGCUCGCGUGCAUCAACUUCAUCAAGUCCCGUCUGCUGCUAGAAACCUACUCCGACCUCAGUCAGGACAUCGACCUGGUCUCUCAGGAAAUCCUCGUGAGCGAUACGCGCUACGUGAACGAGCCGGCCAACAGACGAGGGAACGUGUUCACGCAUAUCGUGCAGCCUAUGGCGGAUCAUCGGCACAGCGUGCAAGCUGAAGUGCACGCGAGAAAACGUGGUGACUCGUCGGCGUACACGAUCCUCGUGAACAACAUGCGACUGAUGGCCACUGACUGGUGGGAGGCGGCCAAUCAGUUCAUCAUGCAGCAACCCUUGCCGCCCUGCGACCCUGAUCAGCAGCAUUUGGAAGAAGCUCUGUCUGCGUCCCUGGGACAAAUAGGAGCGGCUGGAUCUUCGGGUACGGGGCCCGAGGGCCAAGUGGAGCUCAAGCUAAACGUCACCGACUCGCAACUUGUACUAGUCGAGGACGCCUCUGUGUGGGACACUAACGCUGUUAUACUCAAGAGUACAACAGUGAUCACAUACCGCGUCGCGGACGCAGUGAAACCGGUGUCCUGCGAGCUGAGCGAGCUGGAAGUGUUCUCGUGCGUGCUGGGACUCGAGGAGGAGACCGCGCUGGCCAUCGUGGACCCCGCCGCGGUCACCGUCGCGCUGCACAAGGACCGCCACCUACACCCAGUGUCCGCACUACACGAGCUGGAAGUGUUCUCGUGCGUGCUGGGACUCGAGGAGGAGACCGCGCUGGCCAUCGUGGACCCCGCCGCGGUCACCGUCGCGCUGCAUAAGGACCGCCACCUACACCCAGUGUCCGCACUACACGAGCUGGAAGUGUUCUCGUGCGUGCUGGGACUCGAGGAGGAGACCGCGCUGGCCAUCGUGGACCCCGCCGCGGUCACCGUCGCGCUGCACAAGGACCGCCACCUACACCCAGUGUCCGCACUACACGAGCUGGAAGUGUUCUCGUGCGUGCUGGGACUCGAGGAGGAGACCGCGCUGGCCAUCGUGGACCCCGCCGCGGUCACCGUCGCGCUGCACAAGGACCGCCACCUACACCCAGUGUCCGCACUACACGAGCUGGAAGUGUUCUCGUGCGUGCUGGGACUCGAGGAGGAGACCGCGCUGGCCAUCGUGGACCCCGCCGCGGUCACCGUCGCGCUGCAUAAGGACCGCCACCUACACAUAUCAACGGGCACGUUGAACCUGCGGUUGUCGUAUCACGACAUGCGCAUGUUCGCGUCGAUGAUACAGUCGCUGCCGGCUCAAGUCCGCGCUGCUUUAUCAGGAAAAACGGAAGAAGAGACGGUAGAGGCGGAUGCCCCGGCGAACAGUCUCCACAUGAGAGCCGGAGCGCGCCUGCUGCCGCCGCGCUGGCUGCCGCUGCGCGCGCCGCCGCCGCAGCCGUCCGCGGUGUGGCCGCUCCGGGCCGUGCAGGUGACCGCCGAGUGCGUGACGCUGUGCGUGAUUGACGAUUGUCUGGACUCAGACGUGCCGCUACUGGAGAUCUCUCUAGCUGACCUCAAUGUGGAGCAGGACCUGCGCAAGAUAGAGGAAUCCUUUUCGGACCCCGUGCUGGUAUCCACUCCUUGCGCGAGCUCGGGGUCCACGGGCGCCAACGGCGCGGGCGCCGGGCGCCUGGGCGGCGCGCUCAGCGUGCACUACUAUAACCGCAUGCUGUCUGGUUGGGAACCCGCCAUCGAGCCAUGGAGAUUCGAAACAUCAUGGGAGUACACGCUCACAAGCGGUCUCGCACUCGGCCGGCUGGCGGUGUCCGUCAAGUCGACCGAAGUGCUCAACACGAACAUCACAUCCUCACUGGUGGAGCUGACGCAACUCGUGCGCGCCAACUGGACCGCUGAUUACUACACGCAGCCGGUGUCUUUAGACGCCUCUCCAAAAGGCAGCCCAGCGGGUCACCGGCGGCGCUCACCGUUCGUGCCUUACGCUCUACGGAACCACACGGGACACAAGCUAUGGUUUACUACUCUACUGACUACCUGUGACGUGUUGACGGAGACAACCGGGUGGAGCGGCCCUGACGACUCCUGGGUGGCCGUGCGCGGUGGUGACACGGAGCCGUUCUCGUUCGGUGCUCGACGAGGGCGCGGCGCGCGGGCCGGGCCCGCCGUGUUGCACCAACUGGCGCUGAGGCUGGACGGCUGGGGCCCGCCGGACCCUGUGUGCGUGGAUCGAGUUGGUGUGUUCUUCAGGACUCUCACUCACGCGAAAACUGGUGCCGAAGCGCGCCUUGUGUUGGAAGUGUCUCUAGAAGGCUCAGCGCGUAAGCUGGUGACUGUUCGCUCGGCGCUCACGCUGCUCAACCGGCUGACUGUACCGGUUGACGUGCGGCUGGAACCCGCUCCAGGACAAUGGUCAGGUGGCAGCGGGCGCUGGACCACAGUGUCCGCCGGCGGCCUCUGGGCGGCCCCCCUCUCCCCUCUACCAGGGGGCGUGGCCGUACGACCCACUUUACGAGGAGCUUACCCUCCCGCGCCCGCUCACGUGGACUGGAGAGUGCAUGAGCGCUCGCUACUGCACAUGGAGUGUCGCGCUCCACCGUUGGAUGUUUACAGAUUCUGCUGCGUGGUAGUCCGCGAGCGCUUUCCGCCAACACGCGACCCGAACGCCGCCGGACACACCCUAACCCUAGUACCUGGUCUCCGCCUGGAGAACCUGCUUCCAGUCGAGCUGCAGUUCAGGUGUUCAGGGACGGACGUGCAGAACGUCAGUGGGGCGCUGCCACCAGCCGUCACCAGACCCUUCCACGAGGUGAACGUGGAAUUCUUCCAAGUAGAACUGAGUGUGAAGAUAGAAGGCUUCGGCUGGUCGUCAACGCUAUCGGUGGGAGGGGCGGGCGGCAAUUCCUUUACUGCGCGUCUCAAGCUUAAAGACUCCUGGGGCAGGCGGCUAUACCUCAACGCGAGAGUCGCUGUUAAACCUACCGAUGGAAUCAAGAUUUCGAUCAGCGCAGCAUACUGGCUUGUGAACCGGACUGGACUUCCUUUAGUCUUCCGUGCAGAGGGCGCUACAGCGCCAGCGGCGGGGCAGGGAGACGAACACGAGAUAGCAAGAAUGGUGGCGCCACUGCUGUUCGCGUUCGCCGAGGCUGACGGGGGACCCACGGUCACCGCUCGGCUGGGAACUAGUGUGGCGCUCAACCAGGAGUGGUGCUCCCCAUUCGGCCUAGGCCCCGGAACAGCUGUAAAGAAGCUCACAGCCGGCGACAAAGUGUACGCCGUCGGCGUCUCCGUGCGCGCCGGCCGCGGCCGCUACAGACACACCAACAUAGCAACGCUGACGCCGCGGUACCAGCUGCACAACAACACGCCCUACCACCUGCAGUUCGCGCAGAAGUGCACCGCCACCACACUGAAUGAUCCAGGCGCUCGAGCUACUCACGUGGCCGCCGUGGCCGGGUGCUACCUGCCGUGGCACUGGGCGCGCUGGGAGCGCGCGCAGCUGCUGUGCGUGCGCGUGCUGGGCCCGGGCGGCGCGCCGCGCACCGCCUGGUCGGGCGGCCUGCGCGUCGACUCCACGCGCGCCGUGCACAUCGCCUGCAGGUACAGUGUGCACUACUCACGUGGCCGCCGUGGCCGGGUGCUACCUGCCGUGGCACUGGGCGCGCUGGGAGCGCGCGCAGCUGCUGUGCGUGCGCGUGCUGGGCCCGGGCGGCGCGCCGCGCACCGCCUGGUCGGGCGGCCUGCGCGUCGACUCCACGCGCGCCGUGCACAUCGCCUGCAGGUACAGUGUGCACUACUCACGUGGCCGCCGUGGCCGGGUGCUACCUGCCGUGGCACUGGGCGCGCUGGGAGCGCGCGCAGCUGCUGUGCGUGCGCGUGCUGGGCCCGGGCGGCGCGCCGCGCACCGCCUGGUCGGGCGGCCUGCGCGUCGACUCCACGCGCGCCGUGCACAUCGCCUGCAGGUACAGUGUGCACUACUCACGUGGCCGCCGUGGCCGGGUGCUACCUGCCGUGGCACUGGGCGCGCUGGGAGCGCGCGCAGCUGCUGUGCGUGCGCGUGCUGGGCCCGGGCGGCGCGCCGCGCACCGCCUGGUCGGGCGGCCUGCGCGUCGACUCCACGCGCGCCGUGCACAUCGCCUGCAGGUACAGUGUGCACUACUCACGUGGCCGCCGUGGCCGGGUGCUACCUGCCGUGGCACUGGGCGCGCUGGGAGCGCGCGCAGCUGCUGUGCGUGCGCGUGCUGGGCCCGGGCGGCGCGCCGCGCACCGCCUGGUCGGGCGGCCUGCGCGUCGACUCCACGCGCGCCGUGCACAUCGCCUGCAGGUACAGUGUGCACUACUCACGUGGCCGCCGUGGCCGGGUGCUACCUGCCGUGGCACUGGGCGCGCUGGGAGCGCGCGCAGCUGCUGUGCGUGCGCGUGCUGGGCCCGGGCGGCGCGCCGCGCACCGCCUGGUCGGGCGGCCUGCGCGUCGACUCCACGCGCGCCGUGCACAUCGCCUGCAGGUACAGUGUGCACUACUCACGUGGCCGCCGUGGCCGGGUGCUACCUGCCGUGGCACUGGGCGCGCUGGGAGCGCGCGCAGCUGCUGUGCGUGCGCGUGCUGGGCCCGGGCGGCGCGCCGCGCACCGCCUGGUCGGGCGGCCUGCGCGUCGACUCCACGCGCGCCGUGCACAUCGCCUGCAGGUACAGUGUGCACUACUCACGUGGCCGCCGUGGCCGGGUGCUACCUGCCGUGGCACUGGGCGCGCUGGGAGCGCGCGCAGCUGCUGUGCGUGCGCGUGCUGGGCCCGGGCGGCGCGCCGCGCACCGCCUGGUCGGGCGGCCUGCGCGUCGACUCCACGCGCGCCGUGCACAUCGCCUGCAGGUACAGUGUGCACUACUCACGUGGCCGCCGUGGCCGGGUGCUACCUGCCGUGGCACUGGGCGCGCUGGGAGCGCGCGCAGCUGCUGUGCGUGCGCGUGCUGGGCCCGGGCGGCGCGCCGCGCACCGCCUGGUCGGGCGGCCUGCGCGUCGACUCCACGCGCGCCGUGCACAUCGCCUGCAGGUACAGUGUGCACUACUCACGUGGCCGCCGUGGCCGGGUGCUACCUGCCGUGGCACUGGGCGCGCUGGGAGCGCGCGCAGCUGCUGUGCGUGCGCGUGCUGGGCCCGGGCGGCGCGCCGCGCACCGCCUGGUCGGGCGGCCUGCGCGUCGACUCCACGCGCGCCGUGCACAUCGCCUGCAGGUACAGUGUGCACUACUCACGUGGCCGCCGUGGCCGGGUGCUACCUGCCGUGACUGGGCGCGCUGGGAGCGCGCGCAGCUGCUGUGCGUGCGCGUGCUGGGCCCGGGCGGCGCGCCGCGCACCGCCUGGUCGGGCGGCCUGCGCGUCGACUCCACGCGCGCCGUGCACAUCGCCUGCAGGUACAGUGUGCACUACUCACGUGGCCGCCGUGGCCGGGUGCUACCUGCCGUGGCACUGGGCGCGCUGGGAGCGCGCGCAGCUGCUGUGCGUGCGCGUGCUGGGCCCGGGCGGCGCGCCGCGCACCGCCUGGUCGGGCGGCCUGCGCGUCGACUCCACGCGCGCCGUGCACAUCGCCUGCAGAGAGAACACUGGAGAAGGUGGCUACGUGUUCCUACGUGUAGAAGUAGUGUCGCAAGGCGCGACGCUGUUCGUAGUGCUGACGCACGCGGACAGCGCGCCGCCGCCGCUGCGGGUCGACAACCACUCGCCCGUCGCCAUCAUGUUCCACCAGGUGGGCUGCGGCGAAGAGUGCGUGGUAGGCGCUCACGGCUCCGUACAGUGGGCGUUACCGGAGCCCGAGGGGCAGUCCGCCCUCGCGCUCCGCGCGCCCGGCGGCCCGCGCGCGACCUUACCUCUAGACGCACUCGGCUCUAACGUGGUACUAGCGUAUCAGAACUUCAUCUACGUGGCGUUUGACAAGAGUGGCUCGUCAAAUGAUGAUUCUAUUCUGGUCUUGGAAGUGCCUUUGAACUCUACGCGGGUGAUUCUUGCAAGGAAACGAUAUGGGGACAGAGGCCAACUUUGGCGUCGCGGUCCCAACGACCAGCUGAUCCACGAAGGUAGCUCGCCGCCGCAACCGACUGAUGCGUUGCUUACAGACGAACCUACUUUAUCACCACACGCAAUGGUGCUGGACAUAGAGGGCCCCGCGCCGCGUCCCGGUCGCGCUGCGCCUUUAGUGCUGCGCCGGGCGGACCCGCGCCGCGCCUCGACUCAAGCGUGGCGUCUGGUCGGCGGCCGCAUGGCGUGCGCACACGCUAACCUGUGCGUGCAGCCUGACGGCGGACUCAUGGCACUCACACCAGGCAGCCGUGUGGUGCUGGGUCUGCCCGAGUCCUCCCGCGCGCGCGCCGCUGCCCCGGAGCAGGCGGUGGCGUGGCACACGCUGCGGCCGGGCUCGGGCCGGCUGUCCGUGGCGCUCUCGUGCGCCGGGCCCACGCGCAUCGUCAGCAUCAAGGACCCGCAGGACCCGGAAUCCGGUUGGAUCGAAGGCGUCGAAACAGACUCUGAAGCGGACGAACCGCCUCGCCGCGAGUGGGAAGUGCAAGUGUCGCUGGCCGGCCUCUCGGUGUCGCUCAUAGCGCGGUCCCCGGCGCAAGAGCUCGUGCACGCUUUACUGAGCGGCGUACAGCUGCGCGUGGCCGCCGCGCGCGGCGCCGUGCUCGCGCUGUCCGUGCAGGACAUGCAGUGGGACAACCAGGUACUGUGUGCUAGUGUUGCUAGUGUGAGUCUACCGGUGGCACUGAUCGCAUGGUCCCCGGCGCAAGAGCUCGUGCACGCUUUACUGAGCGGCGUGCAGCUGCGCGUGGCCGCCGCGCGCGGCGCCGUGCUCGCGCUGUCCGUGCAGGACAUGCAGUGGGACAACCAGGUACUGUGUGCUAGUGUCGCUAGUGUGAGUCUACCGGUGGCACUGAUCGCAUGGUCCCCGGCGCAAGAGCUCGUGCACGCUUUGCUGAGCGGCGUGCAGCUGCGCGUGGCCGCCGCGCGCGGCGCCGUGCUCGCGCUGUCCGUGCAGGACAUGCAGUGGGACAACCAGGUACUGUGUGCUAGUGUCGCUAGUGUGAGUCUACCGGUGGCACUGAUCGCAUGGUCCCCGGCGCAAGAGCUCGUGCACGCUUUGCUGAGCGGCGUGCAGCUGCGCGUGGCCGCCGCGCGCGGCGCCGUGCUCGCGCUGUCCGUGCAGGACAUGCAGUGGGACAACCAGGUACUGUGUGCUAGUGUCGCUAGUGUGAGUCUACCGGUGGCACUGAUCGCAUGGUCCCCGGCGCAAGAGCUCGUGCACGCUUUGCUGAGCGGCGUGCAGCUGCGCGUGGCCGCCGCGCGCGGCGCCGUGCUCGCGCUGUCCGUGCAGGACAUGCAGUGGGACAACCAGGUACUGUGUGCUAGUGUCGCUAGUGUGAGUCUACCGGUGGCACUGAUCGCAUGGUCCCCGGCGCAAGAGCUCGUGCACGCUCUGCUGAGCGGCGUACAGCUGCGCGUGGCCGCCGCGCGCGGCGCCGUGCUCGCGCUGUCCGUGCAGGACAUGCAGUGGGACAACCAGGUACUGUGUGCUAGUGUCGCUAGUGUGAGUCUACCGGUGGCACUGAUCGCAUGGUCCCCGGCGCAAGAGCUCGUGCACGCUUUGCUGAGCGGCGUGCAGCUGCGCGUGGCCGCCGCGCGCGGCGCCGUGCUCGCGCUGUCCGUGCAGGACAUGCAGUGGGACAACCAGGUACUGUGUGCUAGUGUCGCUAGUGUGAGUCUACCGGUGGCACUGAUCGCAUGGUCCCCGGCGCAAGAGCUCGUGCACGCUCUGCUGAGCGGCGUGCAGCUGCGCGUGGCCGCCGCGCGCGGCGCCGUGCUCGCGCUGUCCGUGCAGGACAUGCAGUGGGACAACCAGGUACUGUGUGCUAGUGUCGCUAGUGUGAGUCUACCGGUGGCACUGAUCGCAUGGUCCCCGGCGCAAGAGCUCGUGCACGCUCUGCUGAGCGGCGUGCAGCUGCGCGUGGCCGCCGCGCGCGGCGCCGUGCUCGCGCUGUCCGUGCAGGACAUGCAGUGGGACAACCAGGUACUGUGUGCUAGUGUCGCUAGUGUGAGUCUACCGGUGGCACUGAUCGCAUGGUCCCCGGCGCAAGAGCUCGUGCACGCUCUGCUGAGCGGCGUGCAGCUGCGCGUGGCCGCCGCGCGCGGCGCCGUGCUCGCGCUGUCCGUGCAGGACAUGCAGUGGGACAACCAGCUGCGCGUGGCCGCCGCGCGCGGCGCCGUGCUCGCGCUGUCCGUGCAGGACAUGCAGUGGGACAACCAGGUACUGUGUGCUAGUGUCGCUAGUGUGAGUCUACCGGUGGCACUGAUCGCAUGGUCCCCGGCGCAAGAGCUCGUGCACGCUUUGCUGAGCGGCGUGCAGCUGCGCGUGGCCGCCGCGCGCGGCGCCGUGCUCGCGCUGUCCGUGCAGGACAUGCAGUGGGACAACCAGGUACUGUGUGCUAGUGUCGCUAGUGUGAGUCUACCGGUGGCACUGAUCGCAUGGUCCCCGGCGCAAGAGCUCGUGCACGCUUUACUGAGCGGCGUGCAGCUGCGCGUGGCCGCCGCGCGCGGCGCCGUGCUCGCGCUGUCCGUGCAGGACAUGCAGUGGGACAACCAGGUACUGUGUGCUAGUGUCGCUAGUGUGAGUCUACCGGUGGCACUGAUCGCAUGGUCCCCGGCGCAAGAGCUCGUGCACGCUUUACUGAGCGGCGUGCAGCUGCGCGUGGCCGCCGCGCGCGGCGCCGUGCUCGCGCUGUCCGUGCAGGACAUGCAGUGGGACAACCAGGUACUGUGUGCUAGUGUCGCUAGUGUGAGUCUACCGGUGGCACUGAUCGCAUGGUCCCCGGCGCAAGAGCUCGUGCACGCUUUACUGAGCGGCGUGCAGCUGCGCGUGGCCGCCGCGCGCGGCGCCGUGCUCGCGCUGUCCGUGCAGGACAUGCAGUGGGACAACCAGGUACUGUGUGCUAGUGUCGCUAGUGUGAGUCUACCGGUGGCACUGAUCGCAUGGUCUCCGGCGCAAGAGCUCGUGCACGCUUUACUGAGCGGCGUGCAGCUGCGCGUGGCCGCCGCGCGCGGCGCCGUGCUCGCGCUGUCCGUGCAGGACAUGCAGUGGGACAACCAGGUACUGUGUGCUAGUGUCGCUAGUGUGAGUCUACCGGUGGCACUGAUCGCAUGGUCCCCGGCGCAAGAGCUCGUGCACGCUUUACUGAGCGGCGUGCAGCUGCGCGUGGCCGCCGCGCGCGGCGCCGUGCUCGCGCUGUCCGUGCAGGACAUGCAGUGGGACAACCAGGUACUGUGUGCUAGUGUCGCUAGUGUGAGUCUACCGGUGGCACUGAUCGCAUGGUCCCCGGCGCAAGAGCUCGUGCACGCUUUACUGAGCGGCGUGCAGCUGCGCGUGGCCGCCGCGCGCGGCGCCGUGCUCGCGCUGUCCGUGCAGGACAUGCAGUGGGACAACCAGGUACUGUGUGCUAGUGUCGCUAGUGUGAGUCUACCGGUGGCACUGAUCGCAUGGUCCCCGGCGCAAGAGCUCGUGCACGCUUUACUGAGCGGCGUGCAGCUGCGCGUGGCCGCCGCGCGCGGCGCCGUGCUCGCGCUGUCCGUGCAGGACAUACAGUGGGACAACCAGUUGCUGGGCACGCCAAGCCCGGUGCUCCUGUACUGCCUGCCGGGCACGGCCGGCACGCCGAGCACGGCGGGCUCGGCCGGCGCGCCGGCGCUGCACGCGGCGGCCGAGCUCAUGCGCGCGCCGGCGCGCCGGUACAACGCCGAGCGCGUUGACGGCGGGAGGAGAGCGACUGAAUUCAUGCGGGCCCCGGCGCGCCGGUACAACGCGCUGUUCUUCAAACACCUGGUGGUCGCGUUGAGGCCGCUCGCGAUCAGACUGGAGGAGAGACUGAUCCUGAAACUAUGGUGGUGGGCAGCGCCACCUGACGACGAGGCUCGGGAAGAAGUCGACGAGGCUGACUACGAGACUCGCCGCAUGCUCGACGAAGUCACCGCUCUGCACGCUAGGCGGUACUACUUCGCGCUCAUCAAGAUCAUACCGAGCCAGAUCCGCCUCUCCAUGACGACGGCGAGCAAGUUGGAGCGCGAGCACGGCGCGCUGAAGCGGCGGCUCGGGCUCACGAUGAUCAAGUUCGAGGACGCGUGCGUCGAACUCGAGCCGUUCGCGCGCGCGCAUGUCUUCGAGCCCGCGCCCUACCUCGCUAGGCAGAUGCUCAAACACUUCAAAGAUGAACUAAAAUGGCAAGCAGCGAAGAUCCUGGGCUCCGUGGACUUCCUGGGCAACCCGCUGGGCUUCGUGGCCGACGUGUCGGAGGGCGUCUCCGGGCUCAUCUACGAGGGCAACGUCGGAGCCCUGCUCAAGAACGUGACACACGGCAUUUCUAACUCCGCUGCCAAAGUCACUGAAUCAUUGGGUGACGGGCUAGAGCGGGUGGUGGGCGACGAGGCUCACGAGGAGACGCGGCGCCGCAUCAGGAGCUCUGCGGGCGGCGCGCACCUGUCCGCCGGCCUGCGCGGCCUCGGGCUCGGGAUACUCGGCGGCAUGACAUCUCUAGUGAAGCACAGCUACGAAGGCGCGGCCGCUGAAGGCCUGCCGGGGCUACUUGCCGGCGUGGGCAAGGGGCUAGUCGGCACCGUCACCAAACCGGUCAUUGGGGUGUUGGACCUCGCGGCAGAAACCGCAUCCGCGCUGAGGGAUUCAGCGCGCCGCGCCGAUAAGUGGGUUCCGGGACGCGCGCGCGAGCCGCGCUGCGCGGCGGGCCCGGGCGGGCUGCUGCCGCGGUACGACGCCGCGCAGGCCGCCGGCGCCGCGCUGCUGCACCGCCUCACCGCCGACCCCGCCGAGGGCUUCCUCGCCUACCGCGUGGUGCGCGACACGCCGCACGACAUCCGGGCGCUGCUCUCCACCACGCAUCUCAGGAUAUUCACCUGCAAGCACGCGCAGCCUCAGAUCGUCAUGGAGACGCACCUCAGCAACCUCGUAUCCUGUGCUGCGGUGACCAUCAGCGGCGCGCACUUCGUGGAGCUGGGCGUGCGCGGGGGCGGCGGGGGCGGCGGGGGUGGGGGCGGGGGGGAGGCGCUGCGGCGGCCGCGCGUGCAGUGCGACUCGGCCGCGCUGGCCACGUGGCUCGCGCGCCACGCCGCCUACGCCAGGCGCCUGCACACAGAGGCUAAACACACGCUGCCACCCGAUCAACCCUAAACUAUUUACUUAGAACCAAAGGACUUCAGAGCUACCCAUGAGUCAUCAGAUACAUGAAGAUGGUCGAGAAG